GAUAACACAUGAAUAGUGAAAAUCCCAACUCAAUAAAACCAAUUUUUCAAAGUAUUAAAAAAAAAAAAAAAAAAAAAACCUACCUUCCCUCGUUUGAGCUUACUGUUACGUUGCGCUUGCACCUCUCUAUCUAUCACUCCCUUUCUCUCUUCCAUUGAAGCAGCUUCUGAGCUUUCUCCCUACCAUUGAAGCAGCUUCUGAGGAAUUUGCAUACAACUCUAUAAUGUUAGGAUGGAAGUGUAACACCGGACCUUUUCUCCCUGGUUCCAAAGUGGCUGCCCCUCCUGCUCUGGCUCAGGUACGGGCCGGUUGUCUGAGAAACAGUUUCGUUGUAAGAGCUGGGCCGAAGAGGAUUGUUUUCGAUACGAAGUGUAGAGAGGCUCUACAAACCGGUAUCGAUAAGCUUGCUGAUGCUGUUUCAGUGACUUUAGGACCCAGAGGGCGUAAUGUGAUUCUUUCGGAUUCAAAAAGUUUGAAAGUAAUUAAUGAUGGUGUUACAAUUGCAAAGGCUAUAGAACUUGCAGAUUCAAUUGAGAAUGCAGGGGCAAUGCUUAUUCAAGAGGUCGCAUCUAAGGUGAAUGAUGCAGCCGGUGAUGGUACAACUACAGCAAUUAUUUUAGCUCGAGAAAUGAUAAAAUAUGGGUUGUUAGCUAUUACAUUUGGUGCUAACCCUAGUGGUUUAAGAAGAGGAAUGGAAAAGACUGUUAAAGAACUAGUCAAAAUUUUGAAGAAGCGUAGUAUACCUGUCAAGGGGAGAGAUGAUAUACGAGCUGUGGCUUCAAUUUCUUCUGGAAAUGAUGACUUUGUUGGGAGCAUUCUUGCUGAAGCCAUUGCCAAGAUUGGGGCUGAUGGUGUUAUCUCUAUUGAGUCAUCCUCAACUUCUGAAACUUUCAUAAUUGUGGAAGAAGGAAUGAAGAUUGACAAGGGAUAUAUGUCACCUCAUUUUGUUACAAAUCAGGACAAAUCUAUAGUAGAGUUUGAUAAUGCAAAAGUUCUGGUAACUGAUCAAAAAAUAUCAACACUGCAAGAAAUUGUUCCCUUGUUAGAAAAGGCUGCUCAACUAAGUGUACCGUUACUGAUCAUUGCUGAGGAUAUCUCAAAUCAAGUAUUGGAAACACUGAUUGUAAAUAAAAGCAAAGGACUUGUCAAAGCAGCUGUUGUCAAAUGUCCUGGGUUUGGGGAUGCCAAAAAAGCUUUGCUACAAGAUAUUGCUCUCAUGACAGGUGGUGAUUUUUUGUCAGGGGAUCUGGGUCUGAGCAUAAGAGAUGCUACCUCUGACCAACUUGGUGUAGCUCGAAAAGUGACUAUAACAAAUAACUCCACCACUAUUGUUUCAGACCCUUCCACAAAAGCUGAAAUUCGAGCAAGGAUUUCGCAGAUUAAGAAGGAUUUAGCUGAAACAGAGAGCUCUCAUCUCUCCAGGAAGCUUGCUGAGAGAAUUGCUAAGCUUUCUGGUGGCGUGGCAGUAAUUAAGGUUGGAGCUUACACUGAGACAGAACUUGAGGAUCGUAAGCUUAGAAUUGAGGAUGCAAAAAAUGCCACAUUUGCUGCCAUGGAUGAAGGAAUUGUUCCUGGCGGUGGUGCAACUUAUGUCCAUCUUUCGGAAGAGAUUACCACAAUUACAUCUUCCUGGAAAGAUAUGGAUGAACUUAUCGGAGCUGACAUAAUAAGAAAGGCACUUCUUGCACCUGCCAAAUCUAUAUCGGAGAAUGCUGGGGUUGAUGGGGAAGUAGUAGUAGAUAAGAUACGUACUUCUGAUUGGCGAUUUGGAUAUAAUGCAAUGGCUGGACGAUUCGAAGAUCUCAUUGAUGCUGGUAUCAUUGACCCAAGCCGUGUCACGAAAUGUGGCUUGCAAUAUGCUGUCUCUAUUGCAGGGCUUGUUCUAACAACUCAAGCUAUAUUGGUUGAUAAAGUUAAGGAACCCAAACCUCUUGUUCCUCAUAUUCCAGGAAUAUCUCCUUGAAGUAUGAAGGGGUCAGAAGAAUUUUGUAGGUGGUAGAUAUUUUUGUUUAAUAUUUCCAUGCUAGAAAGUUCCUGAUUAGCUUGAUUUACAUACAGAGAUGAAGGAUGAAUAGGUUGAAUUUUUUUCGCUUUCUAUUUAUCCAAUUUUUAAUAGGCAUGUGUUUACUGACUUGGUCUUAUAGUGAUUUUUCUACUGUAAAUUGUAGACUAUCGCAGUAAUGAAGUUAAAGGCUGUGCUUCCUAUUCCGUUGCUUA